GCAAUAUUGAUAGUAAAGGUUCGAUCUUGCGCUGUAUAUUGUCGUGUACAACUAUUCUUUGAUCGGACCGAGGAGAUUUUUCCCUAUACGUGAAGAAUGUUUUGGUUUUGAUUUCAUAAAGAUAUAUUUUUGACUGAUAUAUGCUAUAUCUUGUGGUGAAUUGAUAUGUAUUACGAGUUCUGGAUACCUAAAGUCUUAUGUUAUAUUUGGUUCUAUUCAUGUUUGAUCUUCUAAUUUUUCGAUAAUGUGAAUCAUAUUGAUCGAUUAUGGUUCUUGUUGCAAAGUAUUGGCAGAUAUGAUUUGGUUAAUGGUGUUUUCCUUUACUCCAAGUUUGCAGAACAAAAAAGAAAAGUAUAUUUUGACUAUGAUUAUUCUAUUAGAGAUAAGUUACGUGUAGGUACUUUAUCUGCCUUUGGAAUCUUGUUCCAAGUGUAAGCUUGGUACCCUAUGGAUUACAAAACUGGCUUAACUGAAGGUUCUCUUUGGAUGGGGAAUGAUGUUGUUGGAGUUGUGAUAGAGCUACAAGAUCAUUAUAAUGUCAAGGUCAACAGUUCAAUAUGUUUGCAGCUCACGAAGAUAUUGGAUAGGAUCAAUUUGGUUCUCGCUGCAAUAGAAUCAGCUCGACCAGGAUGUACUUCUGGGAUACUUGAGCUAUGCUCUUUAAACAAUUCAAUUGAUAAAGCCAAGCUACUUCUUCAGCACAAUGCUGAAUCCAGCAAGCUCUAUUUGGCAAUAACAGGGGAAGCAACUUUAGCAAGAUGCGAAAGAAUAAGGAGCUCUUUGAUUCAAAGUCUGUGUCAGCUUCAUAAUAUGGUCCCACCAUCAUUAGCAUCUAAGGUUAGAUAGGCUCAAAGUUUGAAAUGUUUUUUACCUCAUUUUUUUGCAUUAGUAAGUUUCAUCUGCAUGCUUCUGAGGUAGAAUGCUUUCAAAAGAUGUUCAUGAUUGGUUAUUGAUGAGAAGUACAAUGAAUGGAUCUUGAUUCUGAAAUGUCAAUUACUUACAGUAAACUCUCACAGAA